UGAGGCUUCAUCAGGAUCUGAUGACACAGCAAUAGUGAUCAGAAAUCCCUCCGAAAAAAGAGACGCAGAGGAUCGUCGUCUGGGUCGAGUAAGAUCAAUAGAUUGUUUAUGUCCUUUUUGUAACUUUGUUGCAACCAUAUAUAUGCUCUUGUUAAUCUGUGUACUCUGUGUGUUCUCUGUGUACUGUCAAUUGUCAAUCACCUCUCCCAAGAUGAUUGAGGACAUCCUCAAGAGUAGCCCUGGAGGUGAUAAGAUCACACAUGAGUAUGCUCACACAAAAACAUUGUCAGAUGUCAGAAGAUGUGACCUAGUGAAGAUACUAGUUGCACAUCUGACAAAUGAGCAUGGCACAAGCCCCCCUAGGAGAUUGAAGGAGGAAUACGCCAAAGGAAUCAUCUGCCUUUUUCCUUACUUGGCUGACCCCCUGAGCAAGCUUGGCUAUGAACAUUUUUAUAAUGCUGAAGAUGGAAGUGGGCAUUUGGCUUGGAGAAUCAAAACUCUGCAGAAAGAGGUGUCCGAGGGGCGAAUGAAACGGUCACGACAACUUCAAACAGGUGGGCCAACUUCACACAGGGAUCCAUUGAAAGAAGACAUCCAAUGGGACGAACAGCAGUGUCAAGAAGCAAUUGCUCUGAUGAAGCAUUCCACGGAUGAAGUUGUAGUGAAGGAGAAAAUGAGGCUAACCCUGGCCUAUCGUCAGAAGUUGCUGCACGAUCCUGAGAACUCAGCCGACAUCCUAUCUGUUUUUCCUCGUUUCUUGGACAUUCCAGGUUUGAUUGAUCAAGAUUUCAGGAGUCUUUUUGGUGACGCAACCUCUGCAAAGAUGUUGGAGAAGUGGACCACCAACUUUCAAGCAAAGGUUGUUGCUCAGUGUCGUGAGCUUACACUGACUGGAGAUGUACAAGACCUCAUCCAAAAUGCUGAAGCCACUGAAGUAGAUGAUGGCUGGGACAGUGACAUGUCAUCAAUGCUGUUGCUGGUUCACCUUCUGCCACCUUCAAGCCAAGGCCGAAAAAGACCAGGGAAAAUCUCAGCCAGACAAGCAUGCGACAGUCUUGUAAAAUUCAUCAAGAUUGGGACCAGCAUCCAAGGACACCUGGACAACAUCUCUGGGAGUCUCCAGCCAUACCUACUUGCUGUUGGUGCCAAGAAGAGCAUGAUCGAGUCUUACUACAUCGUGAUCGACAAACAUGCUCUACCCUGUAAGACCUCAACUUCAUUGGCUUGUGUUGAUGAACUUUUCAAAGCACAUUUCGUCUUUGGCACAAGAUACUGUCAGGAAUUGACCAAUGUGUACACCUUUCUGCCAACCACUGUCUAUGACAUAGAUGUGGAAAACACCAAGGUAAAUCCUAGAGUUGCAGAGUUGAGGGCCAGGACGCUGAAGUAAACUCCUAUGAUCUGCUUCAUUUGUGCAAGAUGUCAUGCCAGUGUCAAUGCCUUGAUUAAGCACUUUAAGUUGGUUCAUGGUCUUUGUCCCGGAAAAACUCUCAGGUUAAAAUGUGCUCAAAGGGGUUGUGCACAUGUAUAUAAUAGUUUUUCUGGAUUACGAAAGCAUCUCACUAAGUGUUCUUUGCGUGACAGUUCUAUUGUUAAUGAAAGUUCAUCUUCAGCCAGUGCCUGGAGAAUGAGAUGCCUGUGUUUCAUGUAAUCCAGAAUAUUGUUGUAAGAGAUGAGUGUGUGACUGCUAUGAAAACUCUUUAUUUAGAGGAACAUGUCCAUGCUUUCAAGGUUAUGCACACCACAGAAACACCCAUUGUUUUGGAAUUUAAAGACCUUUUGCACCACAAGUCUUUUGAUAUUUUAAUGUCAUGUGGUCUUGAUUCAGAUUUGUUUAUAAUUCCUUAUUU